AUGGAGUCAGUGAUUGGCAAGGUGCCCCGGGCCAAGUACACAGUGGUGGGGGAAACGCUGCGGCAGGUCAUCCCAGGUCACAUGCAGUGCUCCAUGGGCUGUGGUGGGCGGGCCUGCAAGUAUGAGGACCCAACCCGUUGGAGGGACGACGAGCAGGCCAUUAAAGGACUCUACUCAUCCUGGAUCACAGAGAACCUCUUGGCUAUGGCAAGACCUUCAACAGAAAUCAUAGAGAAGUACAACAUCAUUGACCAAUUCCAAAGGUGCGGCUUGAAGACGGUAAUUAACCUGCAGAGCCCAGGAGAACAUGCCAGCUGUGGAAACCCCUUGGAGCCCGAGAGCGGUUUCACGUACCGGCCUGAGACCUUCAUGGAGGCAGGCGUAUAUUUUUACAAUUUUGGAUGGAAGGACUACGGUGUGGCUUCUCUCACAACAAUCCUAGACAUGGUUAAAGUCAUGUCGUUCGCCCUGCAAGAGGGGAAGAUGGCUAUCCACUGCCAUGCUGGUCUUGGAAGAACAGGUGUGCUGUUGGCUUGUUACCUGGUGUUUACCACGCGGAUGACCGCAGACCAGGCCAUUUUGUUUGUGAGAGCGAAAAGGCCAAAUUCAAUCCAAACGAGGGGUCAGCUGCUCUGCGUCCGGGAAUUUGCACAGUUCCUGCUUCCGUUGAGAAACGUCUUUACGUGCGCUGAGCCCAGAGCCAACGCCGUGACUCUCGCCCAGUUUCUGAACCGCCAACAGCACCUGCUGCACGGCUACGAGGCGCGGCAGCUGAAGUAUAUCCCGAAGCUAGUGCAGGUUGUCUGCAAGCUCUUGCUGGACAUUGCAGAAAACCGACAGGUCAUUGAGGAGGAGAUCUUGGAGAUCCCCGACCUCACUGCCGAGGUGGAGAGGACAGUGUCCCACCAGGCCAUGAAGGAGCUGGACAGAGAAAUGAUCGGAAAGGGUAUUCCUUGCUUGCCAGGCCCUCUUGUGGAGCCCAAGCAGACCUCGGAGUUAUACAUCCGGAAGAGCCUCAGCUACAGCGACUCGGACUUGAGCAGGUUACAGUUUGAGUUGAAACUCCUGGGCAGCCGCUUGUGCGAACUCACCCAAGCAACAUCUCAGAGCAGCAUUGGCGAGACUUCCACCCCUUGCAGCCCUGCCACGGCAGAGGUUUGCAGGAAACACUCGUUCUAUGACUCAACCAACUCGGUCUGGGAGCAAACAAAACUGAGGAAUCAGAAGGACGGACACUGUCUCCUUCAGAAGAGGAGGCUCCUGAAGGACACCAAGCGCAGCAAAUCCUUGGGCUCCCCGUAUAAAAACAGGAAGCAGAACAACGGAUCCAAGUGGGAGAGGUCUGGCAGAAAGCCGUCAGUCUGCAACAAACAGGGUUUUUGCAUGGCGGGUGAUGAGGAGGAGAAGGACAGAUCAUCAGAAGUCCCCUUCAUCACAAUCCAGACUGAGCUUACUCUGGAAAACCGCCGUGUGCUGGUGGCACAGGCCCUUGCUGUGGACCUGGAACAAGAAGGAGAGGAGGAGUACAGCCAAGAAGUCUCACGCUGGCAGAAGGAGCUGAACUCCAAGGAAGGUGCUUGGGAGCGACUGUGUUCGGAACAAGACCCAUUCAUCCUCUCUGGCCUCUUGUGGUCCUGGCUGGAACAGCUCAAGGAACCCAUCAUCUCCAAAAACAAUGUCCAGAGAUGGGAGGAAAACAACCAAAAGCCCCAAAGCGUCCUUGACUCAUUGGACAAGGGGGCUAAGCAGACAUUGACAUGCAUACUUGACUGUUUUGCGAAUUUAUUGAACAUACCAGAAAAUGUUGAAUCUGCUUUCCUAAAUCGAACAAUAAAGGCUUUCUCUAAGAUGAGAAUGGAUUCCGAAGAUGGGAAGCUGCUCUACAAUCCCAUGAGAACAAUCCUUGCACCAGUCCUGCAUGAGAUGAGGAUGAAAGCCAUAGAGGAACGACUGUCACUAAGUGCUCAGCAAGUUCGCUGA